AUGCAUCAUCUGUUGUUCGCUGCGUUGCUCUUGCUGUGUUGUGCCUACGGGUGCAUUGCAAAGACCCAAUACGGGACGCCGUAUCCGCCCGAUCCGGACGAGGAUCCAAUGCCGGAAACGGAGGAUUCCCGCGUUUGGGGUGUGAAGGUCGCCAGAGUCCUCCCAAGAGAUGAUGAAUCCAACGAAGAAUGGCAGAACAUCCGUAUUGCUAUGAACCCAGGAAUGAUUCAGGAUGCGUUGCUGUACUGCAAGUAUGGAAAUCAAUAUACCAAGAUAUACGAUAGGUUCGACCCGAAUGUUUGUGAAGCGGUGAAAGGAAAGGACUAUCAGAUCCGCAGUUUAUUGUUGGAUGUGAUGCGCAAGGCCAUGGAGAUGCAUGUUGAGCGUCUUAAGGUCAAGCCUGUGAAGGGUAAUUUGAGGAUUGACGUUCCAUUCGAACCACGUCCCAGACGCGACACUGAUGGUACAAUGUGCGUUGAGGUGGUACCCCCUUUUGACGGCAAGGAUGGGAUGGGUAUUCCCAAUACGGAUUUUGUGAUCUAUUUGGGUUUUUCUACCAAAAAACCGGGUACGAAGAUUUGCACUUACGACAAGAAUGGACGCCCAACAUCUGCCAUUAUCAAAUUGGAUCCACGUGAGAUCGCUGACACGAGAGAAUAUGUCCGCGUUGUUGCGCACGAGAUUGCACACGGACUUGGGUUCACCUUGGCCAUGAGGGAAUUCCAGAAGAUGAAGCGCAGUGUAAACAACAGCGGUUACGUGGGGUAUGAAGAACUCACCAGUGAUGAAAUAGAGAGGGUGAGGAGCCUAUACAAAUGUGGUGGGUCCGGAAUGAAAUUGGAUAGUUCUGUGUUGCGUGGCGAGAGAGAUCUUGACGCUCACUUUGAUGGAGAUGUUGCGAGGGAGGAGUUGAUGGCCCCAGCCUACAAAGACCAAAGAGGAGCAAUGAAGUACACCGCAUUUACCCUUGCUGUAUUUGAGUCUACAGAGCACUACAAGGCAAUUUACAAGAACGCCGAGAGGAUAAGGAGCAGGAAAACCUGCCCCCUCCGCGAAUAG